GCUGUGCAAUCUUUUACAAGCAGGCUAGGUUAGGCUCUAGCCGCUAGCAGCUUGACGGAAUCUCACAUCGUUAUAUACCAUCACUCUAGAUCCAAGAAGAAUAGAGGGUAAUUGGCUUCACGUUACAUGACGUCCUACACGGCGCCUCCGCCAAAUUACUCUCCAGAAUGCCCACAGAAUCUACUUCGGGCGCUGGAUGAGCCGAUCUCUGGCCUUCAGAUCUUCAUCAUCCCAGCAACAGACACGUUGACCUUCCAAAAGGGCUAUCUAGGAGCUGAAGGAGAGCGCGCUGCUAUUGAGGGAGAAAUUCAUGUCAAGGGUGCACAGCCAGGCCAAUGGAAACAUGUCACCGUGGCUCUUUGUGUCGUCGAGUCUGCGUUUGGCCAGGAAAUCGAGCUGGGAAAAUCAGAGAUAAACCUAGUCUCGUUCACGGGGACGUCCGACUCCAUGUCAUCUUCAACAUCAUUCGCAAUACCCCUGACAUCUGAUGCACCUCAGUGUAUUCAUACACCUCAUUCAUCUCUGGAAUAUGCACUUACGGCGACUUUCCAUCCUACGAAUACGUCGGAGCCAGUUGUGUCAAGAAGGAUUGUUGUGCAUACGCGACGUUACACUUCGCAUUCUCAUACUGUAGAUACGUUGCCAGAAACCCACGUCCUGGAAAGUCCCUCCCGUGUCGAAGUCCAAGUUCCUCGCACUAUAUUCCGGGCCGGUGAAUUCAUCCCAGUCUAUGUUACCGUGCCUCCGCCGAGCAGGGAGCUUAUGCUGCGCGAAGGACUCAGACUCCGAAACGUAAAAACCGAGAUCGUUCGCAUCGUGAGCCUGAAAGGGCAAGGUGAUGGUGGUGAUUCUGAACCUGGCAUGCCUUAUGGUCAAUCCGUAGUGGACUUGUCAUCUCAGGAUGGGCCUUCCUCGGUGGUACCCACUUCCCCUGCGGAGAAGCCUCCGAUCACUUCUCCUGGAUCGACUUAUAGUACAGUAACUUCUCGCUCAGGUGCAUCCUGCAGAUUUCACUCCUCUCGACCUGUGCGACUCCGCCUCAUCUUGCAUCAGGCUUCACCAUCUGCGUCACCAGUAGAUUAUCAGACAAGUUUGCCAGAGGGUGACUACAGCAGCCUUGACAACGAUCUGCAAUGCAUCUCCAUCACUCAAUCCACCCUUCUACAUUCAGUCUCUUUCCUUCUAAACGUCCACGUUUCAUUCGUGGAAACAACCAGCAGGACCGAGCGGCUCAUGACUAUCCCCAUCCCAUUAACCAUCAUUCCGCCCCCGGCGCCACUGCCUGAAGUUGAAGAAUGGGUUGAUGCCGCGUAUCAGAAAAAACACGACCGCCCCCCUUUGAGGACAGUCCGUCAAGAAGAUCUGGAGUCAUCAAUUCCCUUGUAUCAGGAAGGAGAAGCGGGUCCAAGUUAUACUCAGAACGGUGCCCCUCCCCCUUUUGAAGACCGUGACUUGCCGCCUCCACCAUUCUUCCAUUCUUUGCCUUCUACGUCCAAUGCUCCACCAAGCUUCCAGGAAUCUGAGUCGGAAAUAUUUAUUCCUUCAGACACAACGGACCAGGAGGUACCUGUAACCACAGCACUUCGUAUCAUUGGCGAAGGAAUAUUGUUUGGGUUUGCUGCAUCUGAGCAGUUUGAUGGUCAUUCGGACACAAUGCACCGCUCGUCAACUCCACCCCCUUCAGUGGAGAUGGCAGAGCGAGAUGCAGAUGUGACGGGAUUUGCUAAUAUCGGGGUUGAACCCGUCCGAGUCUUUGAGGCUCUGAAUAUCGUUUCAGAUGAUUGCCCCCCACGCUCUGGAGGUGAACUCCCUCCUCCACCGCCUGCGAUGGAUGAUCCGUCAGACCCACCUCCUUCAAUAGAUUCCGAUUUCAGGUCGCCCUCGGUCCGGGUCCCCGUGCAAUCUCACUCACCCCCCCUCGCCCAUCAGUCAUACAAUCAAACUCCCGCGACUCGUGAUUCUCUACACCCUCCCAAUGACAUCUUAGAUCACUCUUCUUCACAUGGACAUGCGCCACCGCCUUAUCUUGUUCCUGGCAGUGACCCUGACCAUGAGGAACACGUGAUGCGACCACCUCCGUACAUGGACUUGGUUCCCUCUUCAUCGUAUUUGAACAGCUCAAUUCACUAAAGGGACUUUGUUACCAUUCCAAUCUGUGCAUCUCUUAGAGCUUACUGUUACCUCAA